CCCCUCUCCGUCACCCUCCCCCCUCUCUAUCCCUGUCUGGUGUGGAUCUGAAGCAUCGAUUCAUAAUCACUGCGCGUAUAAGUUUGCGAGCCAGGAGGACCAUGUGAAUUAGCUGAAGAUUCCAGAAGAAGACAAUAAAACUAGGGGCAUAUGAUAUACUUUUAGUGAACAUGUGCAAUCAAUCCCUAACAUAGUCGUUGAAAAGUUGAAGAUGCACCAAAGUUUGCGGGUUUUGUGUUUUCUUUAGAGUCUUAGCAAAAAUGAAAGGAGGAAAUUCCCAUAGAUUGAAGGGAAGACAUCUCUCCCUUUCCCUAGUUGCUCUCUUUCUCACAACUAUAUUACUCUGGGCCUGGGAGAAGAGACCUUUCAUCACAAGCAUGCAACUGGCUCAAAAUCAAUUUGUGAUGCCCUCUUCAGAUUUUGUUGAGGAUGCCCAAAAAGAGUCCUUGUUGAAUUUGAAGAAGCACGUGGAGGAUGUAAAUUCGGAUUCAAUUACUACUGAAGAAGCAAAAGAAUCUUUAGAAAAUUCUAGUACUGUAGCAAUGACAAAUACAUUCCCUUCAGAAAGGAAAGAUGAUGAUGGUGUUUUGACAAUCUCUUCCAAAUCGAAAGGCUGUAAUUAUGCCAAGGGUAGAUGGGUUGCGGACAGCAGGCGACCGCUAUAUUCUGGUUUUGGAUGUAAGCAGUGGUUAUCAGAAAUGUGGGCAUGUAGACUGACCCAACGAACAGACUUCUCUUAUGAGGGAUAUCGAUGGCAACCAAAUGAGUGCAGAAUGCCAGAUUUUGAUCGGGUUCAAUUCUUGAGAAAGAUGCAGGGAAAAACAAUUGCAUUUAUAGGAGAUUCAUUGGGAAGGCAGCAAUUCCAGUCCAUGAUGUGUAUGGCCACUGGAGGGGAAGAAAGCCCUGAAACUGAAGAUGUAGGAAGAGAAUUUGGCUUAGUCAAACAUCAUGGAGCGAUACGCCCUGAUGGAUGGGCUUAUCGGUUCCCAAGCACCAAUACCACCAUUUUAUAUUACUGGUCAGCAAGCCUUGCUGACUUAGAGCCUUCAACUAUAGAAGACCGAGCCAGUGAUGUUGCCAUGCAUUUGGAUCGUCCACCUGCUUUCAUGAGGCAAUUCCUCAAUCGGUUUGAUGUCUUAGUUCUUAAUACAGGGCAUCACUGGAAUAGAGGAAAGAUUAAUGCAAACCAUUGGGUGAUGUAUGUAAAUGGGCAGCCUGUUGUUGAUAGAAAACUAUUGCAGAUUGGGAAUGCCAAGUACUUUACAGUUCAUAGUGUUGUCAAGUGGCUUGAUUCACAACUGCCAUUGCAUCCUCGACUUAAAGCUUUCUUCAGGACCAUUUCACCUAGGCAUUUCCUUAACGGGGACUGGAACACAGGGGGCAGCUGCGAUAAUACCAAGCUGUUAACCAAAGGGAGUGAAAUUUUGCAAGAUGAAUCAAGUGAUACAGUCGUUGAGGAUGCUGUCAAGGGUACGAGAGUAAAGAUUUUGGACAUAACUGCUCUCUCUGAACUGAGAGAUGAGGGUCACAUAUCUCGCUACAGCGUUAAGGCAAGUCAGGGUGUAAAUGACUGCCUGCAUUGGUGCCUACCCGGCGUUCCAGAUACAUGGAAUGAACUUCUAAUUGCACAGAUAUAGGGUCUUACCAACUAUCUCCAAAGGUUUUCUAGGAGAUGCAGAGACCAUCUGCAAUUCGUUUGGUCUGCAAAGACUGCUGCCUGAUAGGUAACUUUCCACAUUUUAUUUUACUUAAUCAGAUAAUAGUCAAAGCGCCUAGUUCUUAUCCAUUUGUUAAACUUGCAUGGAGAUGAAGGAAGAAUUCUUUAAUAGUGACUAGAGAUCGCAUAGGAUUUGGAACAAUGAAUUUGUCAGAAGAACGGUAGUAUUCUAAGAAAUUCUUGACAAAUCUAUGGUUGCUGUGUCAAAGUGUGGCCUUGUAUGUAUUUUAUUACUGUUAUUGAUAUAUAAAAUCGACAAUAGCCGCACGGAUUCCCAAUUUUUUGCA